UAUCGCUUUACCCUCCACGUGCCACCCGCCCACCCGGUACCCAUCCAGGACCGCAUGGACCCCCUCCUGCACUCUCUCAAGCCCCCCAUCACCCCAACCAACCACGCCCCUCUCCGCCCCGCCCCUCUCCUCCCCGCCCUUCCCCACCCCGACCCGUAGCCCCUCACACCUCCACACAGGUGUCGGCCCACUCCCCUACCUCCUCUGCUCCUUCCCCCUCCUCCUCCACCUCCUCCUCCACCUCCCAACCACACCCAUCAGCCCCUCCCCCCUUUCGUGAGAUGCACCACCAGGAGAGGAUCCGGCAUCCGGGAGCAGCGGGACAGGGGUACAUCCCACCACCUCCUAACAGCGAAUACUACCCUAUGAGACCACGAGGGCCGCACCCCUCCUCCACCGCCGGCCCCGUCCAUCCCCCUGGGGCGCCACCUCAGACGUCGGGCCCCAUGCAGGCUCCUGGACAAAGAUUUCCUGCAACCUCGGCACCGUACCCUGUCAAUCCGUUCGUCAGUCUAUCGAUCGCCAUCGACUGCCAGCGCGCCACCGAGCAGGAUUCCGACGGCGACACUGCGCUCCACAUCGCCAUUGUUCAAGACAAGCCGGAUAUGGGUCUGAUCCGGCGGUUGAUUGAGCUGGUUCGGUUAGCCGGCAAGUCGGUUGAUAUCUUCAACUUCAUGCAACAGACACCUCUUCAUCUGGCUUGCAUCAUGAAGGACUCUGACGUCAUCCGAUUACUGGUUGAAGCCAGUUCUAACCCGAAUGAAGCGGAUCGUAACGGUCAGACGGCGGCGCAUCACACGUGUAAGAGCAGUACACCAAGCUGUUUGGGCGCCAUACUGCGAUACUCACAGGUGGAAGUCAACCUUAACAUCAGAAACUAUGAAGGGUACACUCCUCUCCAUCUGGCAGCCAUGGUGGGCAACCCUACACUGGUCACCAUGUUACUUGAGAAAGGGGCCGAUCUCAACUCUAAGGAUUCCAAGAAUGGCUGGACACCGCUGUUCCACGCCGUGACCAACCAGGACACCAAGCUGGUCCACAAGAUGCUCAGCUCUGGAGCCGAGGUCAACGUCCAGUCGUACUCUGGUAACACCGUCCUCCACGUCGCCACCGGGCGCGGCUACACGGACAUCGUGAAGAUCCUCGUCCAUUACGGAGCCGACAUGAGCCUCAAGAACACCCAGUGGGAUACACCGGCCACUAUCACUACCGAUAAAAAUAUGUCGAGUCUACUUCGUGGUUUGGGAGCUGGUAGUCCACAGCCGAACGAUACCUCCUCUCCGAGCACAGCGCCCCCAACCCUCCCCAUGCCUCUCAAUGAUGCCUACCUCAUACGCCCUCCACCCACUGCUUCGGCUUUAGCUGCAGCCGCCGCAGCAGCAGCAGCCGCUUCCACUCAAUCCAAACUGCCUUCAACGGUCACCACUAUGACUACGGAACGACUGAAGGGACCAGCGAACGAGGUAUACACGGUGACGCGAUCGGUGACGCGUCCAGACGCGAAGUCCCCGGACGGGCAGCGGGCAAUUCACAAACAGACGCAGGAGAAGUUGCGUCAUUCGAUCCAGUACCGCAAGGUUGUCAACGAGCGCAGGGGUGAAUCGCAUCAGAGGAAGCUGGCUGAAGACACCUCUCCCGAACAGCAGACAGGCAACGAGAAGAUGGUCGUUAUCCCAGUGCCGGCGGGGGUAGAGGAGAAAGAGGACCGGAUAAGUGGUGGCCAUCCCGCAACCAAAGCAGUUUCAGACUCUCAAGGAACAAGGGUUGCGGUUGCUGAGGUGGACAAGAGAUCAGUUAAGAUAGGAGAAGAUGAGAAAUACCAUUAUGCUGUUAUACCACGAACCAAAGAGGUGACCCAACAAUCCACUGGGUCCAAGGUAAAAUCAACUCCUGAUGUCGUACCAAAGAUUGAAAUUACAUCUCCCCAGCCUGCCACCAAAACCGAGGCUCAAUCCAAGAGUGAAGGCAAUCAGAAACCUGUCAAUAAACCUAUUGAAAAGGACGGCAAACUAGUCAUGUCAAUUAGUCCAUCAGACUCGUACACUCAUCAACUAGUCAUCAAUGUGAAUGGACAUUUAAGAACUGUACCCUUAAAAGCGGACAAUCCUAAAGCGAUAGACAAGAAAAUCCCUCAGGGUGGUGUCCCGAUAGCUCCCAAAGUAAAGACUCCGCCCCGGAAGGUCGAUGACAAAGAGCCGACUUCUUCUUUAUCAUUUUCGGAGCACAGCGCGAUGGAAGCUGCACUCAUAUCGUCCGCACUUAUCGCACCGGACAUUGCGGCAGUGGCUACGAAAAAUAGUGGUGCAGAAGUAUUGAGUCGAUCACCCGUGCCGGCGACAACAGCCACAUCCGAGAGUGAGAACGAGCUCCGUGCCAGGAUGCUUUCGCUGCAGUACAAGAACAGCGACGCGAUCCUCGGCAACCGGUACGAACGAAAGCUGGACUCAGUUGACAGCGAGCAGGAGCAUGAAGUCGCCAAUACCAUAUUGACGAUUCGGUCACGACUUCAACAGCAGGAGCUGGAACGCCAGCAGAAACAAGCGCAAACCUGUGACGCGGACUCCACGGUCAAAACCGAACCUCGAAGCCCUACCCCUGUAUUAAGCAGUACUACCAGUGACAGCACACCACCGGCCCAAUCACCGCUUUCACCACCCGUCCUCGAGAGAGAAGGUGACCGACCGCUUACGAAGCACGACGGUGGCGAUGUCGACGACGACGUUGAACCUAAUCUCAUCAUCGACGAAUCCCUCAAAUCGAAAUCGCGGAAACGAACGCGAACACCUACCAAAUCCAUCCCCAAUCUAUCGCCGGCUAAAUCUGCAUCAACGACAUCGAGUCCGUCAUUGAGCACGUCCUCGAGUAUGUCAUCGACGUCAGACUACGUUGGAACGUCCAGCGAUUCGGUCAAACUAGGCAAGGUCAAGAUAACGGUUGAUCCCAAGAAAAUUUUGACGAAGAAACAGAUGGCCAUGAUGGGAAGCCAGGAACCGAAAAGAAAGAGGAAAAAGAGUGAUAAAUCGAGCAAGGAAAACUAGAAUUCUAUUUGUCUUUUAUCCAUAUCACCAGCAGAUUCCUGUAGGCAAAGAUGCCAUCUUGAUAGAACCAUGUAGGAGGUCUAUUGUCCAUAAAGAUUCAUGCACUUGCAUGGGACUGCAUCAAGGCUUGGGCCCUCACAAAACAUUAUAUCGAUGAAAAGUUAUGAUAACUGCUGUAAGGUUCUUCUUCUUCUUUUGUUACUACCCAUUUGCCAUUCUGACUAUUUCAUGGAAUAAAAAAAAAUACAUGUAAAGAACAAAAAUUUAAAACAACUCGAAUUGGCAAUUCAGUCAGCAGCAAACAGUUCUUAUCAAUAUGUUGAAAUGGUAUCGGUUUUGAACAAUGAGUUACUCAGUUGAAAUGGUAUUACAAUAUUUAAUUAACCUUGUAGAUUCGUCUCACAUUCAUACAAUUCAUAAGCUUAUGGCUUAUACAUGUAAUACUACUUGCACUGCCAAAAUAAGCAAAGACUUCUGUUAUGUACUUUUGUAUGCACGUGAAGAUUUGCAUAACUUUGUUCUUGAUGCUGAAUAUUCAUACCAGAUUUGCAUAUCUCUGUUCUCGAUGCUGAAUAUUCAUACCUGCAGUACCGCUUUAUGUAUUUGCAUGGGCACUGCUAUAUUUAUGUACCAUUUUUCACGGGGUGGAAUAAAAGAAUGGCCCACAGAUUGGCUGAAAACUUCCAACAAGGCGAAAAGGGGAAAAUUGAAAGAAAGGAAAUGUUUGCUAUCUACUUACAAGGAUGUUAACAUUUUUGAUUUUCUGACAGAAAAAUCUAGCAAUGUCCCUGCACAUCAGUUCUGUAAAAUAAAAGAAUUCAUGGACAAUAUGUAUGUGUUCUGCCAAAACUGGGCAUUCUUUCAAUUGAGAAAAGUAAAUAUGGGGCCUUAGGCUGUCAUGUCUUUUUCCUCUCAAUAGUUGUGAUUUUAUUUACAAGACUAUGGUUCAAGUAUGAAUCUUAUCCCUCUCAUCGAAAGUGGACAUGAACUUUCUUCCAUAUAGUUCGCUACCUCUUUCAAUUAUAGACGUUUCCAGGGAUAGUUCCUCUUUCAAAUCAAAACCCAAAUGCUUCAUGAUUAUUUCAUUAUUGUACAUUUGAAGUAGUAUUUCAGUCAAAAGGGCAAGUAUGCGGUAAUUUUGUGUCGCAUAUGUUACUAAAGACGAUGGAAUCAAUGAUGAACAUAAAGGUGCCGCAUGGGAUGUCAUCUGUUUGUAACCAAAAGGGCAUUAACUCUGUGUUAUUACCUUAGUUAACAGCCUUCUGGCUCCAAACAGACGGUUUCUGCUGUUCCCAGCUACACUCUGGCUAUCAAAUGAACUCAAUUAUCAAGGGCAUGUCUAUUUACAUAGCUGUGAUUGAAAUUGCUCAAUUUUUUGUGUUAUAUUAACAUUGACUGUCAUCGUUUGAAGAUAAUAUCGUGCAGGGAAGUUGUGAUGGCUUUGCUAUUGUUUCUUUGGGACUGGAUUGGGGUUUGUCUUGUUUUAUUCUUUUAUUUUGAAGAA